UUUCUAUUAAAACUUGUUCAUGGGCAACAUUUCCGUCAAAAUGUUUUACAAAAUUCUAAUUUCGCUUGCAGCCUUGGUCUGCUUAUCGGAAGGAAAACGUAUCCACUACGAUCUCAGCGUUGCACCGCUAAUUGUCGGUGGCGUGGAGGCAGUUCCGUACGAGUUUCCUUGGAGCAUCUCCCUCCAACGGGCCUCCCACAGUUGCGGAGGUUCCAUUGUUAAUAAUGAGUGGAUUGUCACGGCAGCUCAUUGUGCCCAGUCGUCACCUGCCGGAUACAUGGUGGUCGCUGGAGAACACAACUUAACCCAGCCAGAAGGCAAUGAGCAGCGUUCUUGGGUGUCUUUGGUCAUUGUUCAUGAGGGAUAUGACGAUCUUGUCCUGGAAAAUGACAUUGCUCUCAUGAAGCUGAGUACACCGCUCGUUUUCAACGACAAAGUUCAGCCGGCACCAUUGGCACCUGCAAAUUUUACGGCGGAGGGGGUCAUGGUGGUGGCAGGUUGGGGGAGGUUGUCGUACGGGGGGCCUCUUCCCGAUGUGCUAAUGAAAGUUGACGUCCCUCUGAUUCCAUUGGAAGUAUGCAGGUCAGUUUAUCCAGAUGAUGAAUAUCCAAUUUUUGACCAUAAUAUUUGCGCUGGAUAUCUUGAAGGAGAAAAGGAUAGUUGCAAUGGAGACAGCGGCGGGGCUUUAAUGUGUAAUGAAACAAAGGAGGAUGGAACUACGAGUUUAAAUGUGUGCGGACUCGUGUCGUGGGGUGGCUUGGGGGCCGGGUCGUGUGCUUAUCCUAACGAACCAGGAGUUUACAUUGCUGUCGCGUCGUUCAGGGAUUGGAUUACUCAAAAUAUCAAUGCUAAUUAAUUUAUUCUUAAUUAAAAUGACAUAAAAGCUACUACAAAAUAUUAAGAAAUGAGAUUCUUAACCAAUUUAA